UUGCAAGCCGAAGUGACGACAUCACCAUGAGAGCUUUCGCUAUAACAUUUGUGUUAGUGUCCGUCUUAGGCCUUGGCUCUGUUCAAGGGCAAGCGGCCGGCGGACAGCCCGACCCAUGCACGCUGAAGACGCGCGUGGUGGGCGACGUGACAUAUUGCGACCGCUACUGGGAGUGUGUCAACGGUCAGGCACAGCUCUUCGACUGCCCCAACGGACUUGUGUUCGUCGGGAGGAAUAGAGGCAUCGCUGAGGGUUGUGAUUACCCAUGGAGAGGAAACUAUUGCUUUAACAAGCAGGCAGCUAAUGCACCGAUUUCGACCGAACACUGCGAGUGGCUGUACGGCAUCUUCGGCCACGAGACGUCCUGCACGCGCUACUGGACCUGCUGGAACGGCACCGCCACCGAGCAGUUCUGCAUCGGAGGUCUCCUCUACAACGAAGAAACGCACGCUUGCGAUUGGCCCCAGAAUGUCGUUGGAUGUCAAAAGCAUCCUUUGUGCAAAGAUGAUCCUAACGCCAACGUUCAGCUGGGGAAAUCGUGCGAACGCUACUGGGCCUGUCAAGGAGGCUACCCUCGUCUGCAGAGGUGCCCAGCAACGUUGGUGUUCGACCGCGUCUCCCGACGCUGCAUCGCUCCUCCCACUGCCGACUGCGACGUCCCGUCAACAACCCCGCGUCCAGAAAGCCAGGCCCGCCAAGGCGUCCAGCAGCAGCAGCAACAGCCUCUGCAGCAGCAACAACAGUCACAGAACGUGAGAGCUAACCAGGUCCAGUCGUUCCAAGAAGGCGACGGCGGAAGACCUGCCGCUCAAUUCCAGCAGCCCGCCCAAGUUAGACGUCCUCAGCCGGCGAGAAGACCAGUACCUCAAAGACAACAAUUCCAGCCUCUAGAGCAGGAACUGCCGCCACAAGAGCAGUUUGUAGAUGAUCAGUUGGAUUUCCAGCCACCCAUCCAAGAUGAAGAAGCUGCGCCCCUGCCUCCCUUGGAAGAGGAACAACCACCUGCUCGUCCUCUACGUCCCGCCAGGCCUCAACCUCAGAAUGAGUUUUCCUCAGCUCCCCAGCUCCCCUUCAUCCCCCAAGGGGCGACGCCCAUCCAGUUCACCGGCGCCGGCGGCCCUAGGCUACCCCCCAUCCCCGGCGCCAUCCCAGUUCGUUUGAAUUAGGCUUGUGACCCGUCAGAAAAAUUAUGUCCUGAUCAUAUUUUCCAGGAGCCAGUGAUACAAACACAAUACAAUUGGUUAGUAAGCGAAUAGCGAUCAUGGGUGCUAUUGGCAAUCGCAACAGUUUAAUUGGUUGUUAGCUUUAAUCGUGAGCGAGUGCCAUGUUGCUGAAGAAAUACGAAGAUUAAAAAGGCUAAAACAUGUGAAACUAUUUAAAAGGAUUGAUAUUACCGUGUAAAUCUUAUUUCACAUAGUGAAUCUUAAAAAAUAGUAACGAUAUCGAGCGAAUUAGGUAGAUUAAUCUAGGUAACUGCUCUAGAUUGUUCAAGACCGAGAGGGAUUAGAUCGUUACUCUUUGUGAGAGGAAAUCGAACGAUGCUAUUUAGAUGUAACCUUGAACUACAAAUUACUACUUAAAUUUACUCUCGACUUGAGCUCCUGUGAGAACAACAAAUCAUUAAAUGACGAGCGCUUACAAGAGAAUCAGAAUGAAUUAUUUUCUAAAUUCGACGCUGGGUUGAUGUCUUCGCAGUUGGUCCCUUGCGUGCCGUUAAUUGCGACGUUUGUAAUCUUGCGUGAAACUCCUUGUAUCAAGAGGAAGUUUGUUGUCAUUUUUUAUAAUAAAAUAUCUUGAAAA